AUUCCAUUCGUUCAAUCAGUCUGCUCGCGACCGCCGUAGAAGGAGGUAUUGUCGGUUUCGUUUCCUACAAAACGCGUUUCGGUGUGAUUUGUGUUUUGUUUUGUGGUGCACGAUGGCUUACAACGGUAGUGGUGGCAAGAGACUGUGUACAGGGACCGACCUGGACGUGGAAAGGAGUAAUGGCAACAACUACAUGGCCGGCGAGCCGCGGCGCAAACGCGAGCCGCCCGCCCGGCCGAACCACAUUCUACUCUACACCAUCAUCAAUCCUGCCUAUCCUAUCACUGUGGACGUAAUUCACACAAUAAGCACACCACACGGCCAAGUACAGAGGAUCGUCGUGUUCAAGAAAAAUGGAGUACAAGCCAUGGUUGAAUUUGAAAGUGUGGAAUCGGCGACGAGAGCUAAAGAAGCACUUCACGGCUGUGACAUAUACUCCGGCUGUUGCACACUCAAAAUCGAGUUCGCUAAGCCUGAAAGAUUGAACGUGUUCAAAAAUGACCAAGACAGUUGGGAUUACACACUAUCGGAGGAUGUGCCACCAGUGCAGCGAAGUGCUCCUCUACUCCAGUCUCCACAGUACACCGGUGGGAGGCCACAACCCUACAAUGCUUCAGCCCCAUCACAGCCGACCAGAGCCUGCUCCGAAGACUCCUGCAGCCAGCAUAGCCAACACUCAUGUGAACAGUCUCAGAACGAUAUGGACUACGGCAGUGGAGGACCUCCUCCUCCAGGCAUGAUGAAGGACAGACACGGGCCGCCACCUCCACAUCAUCCGCGCGAGCGUGGUUAUGGACCGGAGGGCUACGGCGGUGAGGGUUUCGUGCCGCCACCACCCAUGCAUCACCCAUCCAUGCCACCACAGAAUCAGGGCGGGCCCCCACAGCAAGGCGCCGUGAUGAUGGUAUACGGGCUCGACCCCCAGACGGUGAACGCCGACCGACUGUUCAACUUGUGCUGUCUCUACGGCAACGUUGUAAGAAUAAAAUUCCUGAAAACAAAAGAAGGUACGGCGAUGGUCCAGAUGGGCGACGCGGUGUCCGUGGAGCGAUGUGUGCAGAACCUCAACAACGUCACUGUCGGCGACUACACGUUAACGUUGGCUUUCUCAAAACAAGCGUACCUGUCAGAGGUAAUGAACCCAUACCCACUGCCGGACAAGAGUCCCUCGUUCAAAGACUACGUCGGCAACAAGAACAACAGGUUCCUCACCCCUGCCUCUAUACAUAAGAACAGAAUACAGCCGCCCUCUAAGGUGCUGCAUUUCUUCAACACGCCGCCCGAUGUGUCGGACGAGCAGCUUCUGCAGGUGUUCAAAGACUACGGCGUCACCCCACCACACACCAUCUCCAAAUUCCCGCUGAAGAGUGAAAGGUCAUCAUCAGGCCUGAUGGAGUUCCAGAAUAUCUCGCAGAGUGUGAUGGCGAUAAUGGCUUGCAACCACGCGACUAUUCAGCAUCCAGGUGCAAAAUUCCCGUUUGUAAUGAAACUCUGCUUUUCAUCGUCGCGACAAAUUGGCCAAGGGAAAGGCCAGAAUCCUAAUAAGAGUCAAAAUCAAAAUCAAGAUCAAAAUAACCAGAGACAAGGUCAAAACAACGGCUUGGCUGAACAUGAAUACUACUAACGGCGUGAGGGGGCCGACACACACACACAUAUCAAGACGGACGGCACACACACACACAGGCACACCACUACGAGUGCGGGGGGGAGACAUGGGGUUGCCACUAUAAAAAAAACUAGAAAAAUUCACCCGCUUUCACCACAACCCUCAUUCGAAAAAGUUACCACAGAAAACGAAAAGCGGGCGAAUUUUUCGAGGCGGCAACAUUUUUGAAUAAUUCCUUAUUUUUACAAUUUGUGAUUUAGAUCACUCUUAUAAAGACAUUAACAGUUAGUUCUUUUUUUUAAUAUAAUUUUAGACACAGUAACAUGUUUUUUUUUUCAUAUUAUUACACAUUUAUACAUUUCCAUUUUUUCUUUGUUUUCUUUGUUUUUGUUUAGCGCGGAGCGAUGCUCUGUCGAAUGCGUCUGCACAUGUUUGUGGACUUAGCAGUUUAGGUAUCGAUUAAGUAAUAUUCCCAUUUAAUUUGAUUAAUUAGCUUUUAGUUACUUAUUAUUUCUCCAAGUGCUGUUUUCAUCCUACUUGAUACGUUGACGUAAACUGACGGGCGUGAAGACAGCACUCUUUCCUGUUUUAGUGAGGAUUUUUAGUAAAACAAUGAUAUUAGUUUGUGAGUAAUGUUGAGAGUACUUAGUUUUCUUUGUUGUUCCCUGUGCGCGUGCGCAGUAGCGCGCACCCGUACAGUAACUCGGUUGUUUUGUAAAACAUGACAGUUGUGAAAUGUACAAGAAAUAAAGAAACUGAGCUAUAUUAUAGAAACUAUUGUUUUAUUUUUGGUUUGGAUAGACCACGCUUUGUGCUUGUCUCUUUAGUUCGCAGUACGGCGGUAGACGCGAUCCGUCGACCGUUUCAAAUGUUUUAAGAACCAAAAUUAUCUAAAUGUAAGAUAGUUUAGCACACAUUAGGUUAGUAGUAAGUGUCAUUGCAAUGUCAAUUAUAUUCGAUUAGUGGAAGAAAAUAAAUAAAAACAGUAAAGUUUUCUAAAGAUUUUUCUUAAAAAUAUAGCGAUGAUUCGAUAAGCCUUGCACGAGGACUUAGUAUAAUAAGGACAGACAUGAAGACACCUGGCACCAUAGACGCGGUCGGAGAGUAAAUUAUAUUUUGUUUUGUGUCUAGAGUAUAGAUGUUUGUACGGUGUGGCGUUGUAGCUCGUCUAUAUUACUGUUUAUGAGUAGUCCUGAAUGUCUGUUUAUUUGCGAGUCUUACUAGCAAUCAAUUAACUAUGUCAAAUUACAUAAACAGUCGUAUAGCCAGCAUUCGACUAGUCUUUAAUAUAGCUGAAUUUAAUAAAUGUUAUCAGGUUAAUAGAUGCAUAUCUUUUUCUCUAGGAAUAUUUUCGAAUGGAAAAAUUAAAUGUACUAGGAUUAGAACCUGAAUGUCAUGAUAGCUAACAAUUGUGUUGAAUGUACAAAAUGGAAAAUUUAGUAAAAUGUUUUUUGUUGUUAUUAAAUAAUUUAUGUACUGACUAAAUGACACUAUUCUACUCAUAUGAACUCAUGAUGAAACACACGUGAUGGACAUUAAAAAUGACUGCCGAGUUAAUUAAAUUAUUAUUGAACUAGCAACCCUUCUUUGCAUGGGUGCAAUAUACAUGUAAACCUCUUGAAUCACACUAUCUGUUAAAAAAACCGCAUCAAAAUCCGUUGCGUAGUUUCAAAGAUUUAAGCGUACAAAGGGACAGAGAAAGCGACUUUGUUUUAUACUAUGUAGUGAUGGGUAAAUGCGCGGUCAUUUUUAAUGUCUAGUCCCGUUCUGUUACCGAACGAUGCUUGACAACGCAAGAUAGAGCACAGUGGUACUUCACUAGUGAUUGUAAAUGUAUUUUCGUUUCGUUUCUAGCCUACAUUUUAUUGAAUAGGUAUGUAGUUACAUGGUAAACAUUAAAUUACAUGUCAACACAA